AUGCUUGCUACUGUGAAGAUCUUGCUCACAAGAUGGGAAUGGCUGCAGGAGCUGGCGGAGGAGUUUGGGCGGCACAGGGCGAAGGAGUUCAACGUGGGCGUGGAGAGGAAGGACACGGGGGUGCGCUACGAGGACGUGGCGGGCAUCGACAGCAUCAAGGCGGACAUUGAGGAGGUCAUGAAGAUGAUUCUGGGCGCCGAGGAGUACCAGGCCAUGGGCGCCCGCGCCCCCAGGGGAAUUCUGUUGGAGGGCCCUCCAGGUACGGGCAAGACGUACCUGGCCAAGGCCAUGGCGGGCUCCUCCAAUGUGGCCUUCUUCUCGGCCAAUGGCUCCGAGUUUGUGGAGAUGUUUGAGGGCGUGGCCGCCGCGCGCAUCCGCGACCUCUUCCGCGUCGCCAGGAAGCACGCCCCCGCCAUCGUCUUCGUCGACGAGAUAGACGCAAUCGGCAAGGCGCGUGGGCGUGGCAACGACUCGGGCUCGAAGGAGCGCGAGCAGGGGCUGCUGCAGCUGCUGUACGAGAUGGACGGCUUUGAGGCAAAUGAUGGCGUUCUGGUGGUGGGCGCCACGAACAGAGUGGCACUGCUGGACGAUGCGCUGCUGCGCAAGGGGCGCUUCGACAUGGUCAUCUACAUGGGCCGCCCCUCCACCAGCAACCGCUUCAAGAUCCUCGAGGUGCAUGCCAAGGACAAGCCGAUCCCGAGGGAGGGCGACUCGGUGUGGGAGAGCGACGCUCUGCUGCACCGCGUGGCCGAGCUCACCAUCGGCUACGCCGGAGCUGACCUCGCCAACCUCCUCAACGAGGCCGCCAUCCUCAUGGUGCGCAAGGACGCGCAGGCGAUCGACAUGAGCCUGAUCCAGGAGGCGAUGGACAAGCGGUCGCUGGGCCUGCCGAGCGCGCGGCUGCCGGACAGCGAGGCCAAGACGCGCAUGGCCACCGUGCAGGCCGCACGCGCCGUCGCCACCGCGCUCACCCCCGGCCUGCCCCCGCUCGUGCACUGCUCCAUCCAGCCCCGCGGCGGCCAUAUGUCCCGCAUCAUCUUCCUGCCCCAGGUGCCUGCCUUCUCUAGUCCCCACACUUACUAUUUCAUCAACAACGUCAUCAACAACGUCUUACCCAUGGAUUCACCCAUGCCUGCACCAGGUGCAUAUCAAAUGAACUCCUGA